UGCGCAACGUCUUUUUAUCAUAGCUUAUCCAACCCGCACCAACAGCCACUCCCUGCUUAAAUUUAAAAGCUUUUGAAUAGAGGUUCAAAUCCGGUCGUGUCCGUGAAACGAUCAGUUUCCAGCAGGAAGAGGCUCGGAAACUUUCAGCUUACAAACAACAGGGAAAAAGCAAAGAAGUCUGACUUUGUAAAGCGGAGGAAAGUUUUACCUGGAGGUGAUCAACAACACGAGCCCGACAGCAGCUGGUCAUGGGGGACAUCGCAAAAGGGAAAAAGGUUUUUGUCCAGAAAUGUUCCCAGUGUCACACAGUGGAAGAGAAGGGACGGCACAAGACAGGACCCAAUCUGUGGGGUCUGUUUGGGAGGAAGACAGGACAGGCACCUGGUUUCAACUACACACAGGCCAACGUAGAUAAAGGUAUCAUAUGGGAUGAGGAAACCCUGAACACGUACCUUACAAACCCUAAGAAGUACAUUCCUGGCACCAAGAUGAUCUUUGCUGGGAUCAAAAAGAAAAAGGAAAGACUGGAUCUUAUAGCCUAUUUGAAGGAUGCCACCUCCUCCUAAUGUACUGUCACACAACACCCACAUGCAGCUGUGGACAGACACUGUACAUUUACAGGAAAAAACUGAGUGUGCUCUUUGUUUUAAAGUUCAUAAUAUACAAUAGUUUUUAAAAUUUCCAUGAGUACAUAUUGUUACAUUACAGCAAUGCUGCCACACUGUUUUUGUGUGUGGGAGACUGUUUUUAAUUAUCACAUGAGUCAGGCUUCGUGCAACUCGUGGGUUUUCCAGAUUGUUCUCAGUCAAGGCUUCUUAAAGAGGCAGCCUUCCUUUGGGAUUUUCUAAAAACAGAGUUGUUUACCUUAAAACAUUUACAACAGCUCGCACAGGAACUACACACAUUGCAUUUUUGCCUCUUACUGCACUUCUGAUUGCUGCUUUUUCAGAUUUAUUUUUCUAUUAUAUUAUAACUUGUUAAGUAUCUUUCUGUUUAUAUGUUGGGGCUUUUUUCUACAGUCUUAAAAUGAGUAGACAUUAAAAAACAGGUGUUUGUCUUAAAUGGUGCUGGACUGUCUGGUUUUCUUUUUAAAGCCAGUGGGUGGGGCGACGUUAAAUGUUAUAAAGCUGCACUUUUAAAAUGUUUCACAUUUCUACGUUUUCUAAAUUAACUUGUGUAUUUGACUUCAGAGCAGAUUUGUCAGAUUUACAGUAAAUCAGACAUUUUUUUAUGAUUUUAUUUGAUUUUUUUUGACAAAGUAAUACUUACAGUUCUUCAACUUGGCCUAAAAUCACAUAUUGAAAAAUGCCAAUCCCAUUUUUUUUUACAUUUCUAUUCUAUUCUUUACACUGAGUUACUGUUUUGUACCCUGCUGUCACUUUUCUAGACAAUACCUUGACCUUGACUUGAGAAAACGGAUGUGGCAAUAAAAUAUUUCUGCUUCAGUGAA